AUGGGAGACUGGAACUUGUUGGGGAGCAUCUUAGAGGAAGUCCACAUCCACUCCACCAUUGUGGGUAAAAUCUGGCUGACCAUCCUUUUCAUCUUCCGCAUGCUGGUCCUGGGAGUGGCCGCCGAGGACGUGUGGGAUGACGAGCAGAGCGAGUUUGUGUGCAACACUGAGCAACCUGGGUGCAAGAACGUCUGCUAUGACCAAGCUUUUCCCAUCUCCCUCAUCAGGUACUGGGUCCUGCAGAUCAUCUUCGUCUCCUCACCUUCCUUGGUAUACAUGGGCCAUGCCCUGUACCGACUGCGUGCUCUGGAGAAGGAGAGGCACAAAAAGAAAGCCCAGCUCAAGGUUGAACUGGAGGUAACGGAAGGCAUCGUGGAUGAACACAAAAGAGUCGAGAAGGAGCUGAGGAAACUGGAGGAGCAGAAGAAAGUAAGGAAGGCCCCUCUGAGAGGCUCCUUACUGCGCACAUAUGUAUUUCAUAUCUUGACCAGGUCAGUAGUGGAAGUAGGCUUUAUAGUGGGUCAGUAUGUUCUCUAUGGGAUCGGAUUGGCCCCGUUGUACAAGUGUGAAAGAGACCCUUGCCCCAACAUUGUGGACUGUUUUGUGUCAAGGCCAACUGAAAAAAGCAUCUUCAUGAUCUUCAUGCUGGUCAUUGCUGGGGCAUCCCUCUUCCUGAACAUCUUGGAGAUCUUCCACUUGGGAGUCAAGAAGAUCAAGCAGAGCAUCUACGGAAGCAAGCAUGGCGGAGAUGACGAGAGCAUUUGCAGGUCAAAGAAAAACUCCAUGGUGCAGCAGAUAUGCAUCCUCACCAACUCCUCGCCCCAAAAACUGAUGCAUGUGACCCAGCCAUCCUACACAGUGGUGCCCGACGGUCAGGUAGAACCUUUGCCCCUCUACCCACCUCUCACUACUGCCGGCGGCCCUCGGCCUGCCCUGGAGGCUGUGUCUGAGCAGCAGUCCAGGCAACUGCAUCUCCCCAGCCAACCUGAGAUCCAGGCACUCCGACAGCUGGGGGCCACAGAGCGUCGUGAUACCCUGGACGACCGCACCCAUUCCUGCAGCAGUGAAGAGUCUGGACCAAAGAGCUCUGGUCCUCCAAAAAACAUUGGGCAGCAACCUCGAGCAACCCUACAAGCCAGCAACAUCGAGAUCCCGGCAGCCCUCCGGAAUGCCAUGCGCAAACAGAGCCGGGUUAGUAUGUGCAAGGAUGUGAGUGAGGAGAGCGACUCGCCAGACAGUGACCACUACCCCACAGCCAGAAAAGCGAGCUUCAUGUCCCGAGGGCUGUCAGAGAGCAGGCUGGCCAGUCUACCAGACAGUCCAGAGUCCAAGAGUGGCUCAGAGUUGGAAGCCAAGGCUCAAGGGGAAAGCCCUGCCAUGACCCCACCACCUGCUGCUGGUCGACGAAUGUCAGUGAGCAUGAUUCUGGAACUGUCUUCCAUCAUGAAAAAGUGA